AGGCUGGGAGAUCGUCCCGGCGCCCGAAGCGCCUCCUGGAGCGCACCAUUCUCGAUCCGGCUUUGUCACGACGGCCCGCCUUGGGAACGGAGAUUGAUACGGAUAGCGCCCCUGUCGCGACCUCCGAGAAAUGGGCCCUUCCAAAUGCGGUCCCCAAGCGCGUUAUAAUGGACAGUUCAACGCCCACUUUCGUGCUGCGGUUCACCUAGAGUCCGUACGCAGAAUGCGAAGCGGGUGACAGUGGGACGGGCAAGCGGAGCACCGUUCCUCAGCCAAGAGGCACCGCCAGGAGAUACAGAGGAGUACAGGGCCGACGAAGGACGAGGACACCACAACAAACCCCAGGCGGACUUCAACUUCGAGAUGGACGGGAAACACGCCAGAGAAUGACAGCUAAAGGCUGUCUCGGCUCGCGAUCGCCAAGCAUUCCUGGGCAAGCUGCCGGGGCCAUUGAGGUGAGAUAUUACACCAAGCUCAAGACCGUCGAAUCAUCUCGAAGCGGAGCCUAGCAAUUAUGUAAUCAUCCUCGGUCGCCCUCCCCAGUGGUUGAGAGUGCCGGUGGGAAGGAAGAGUGAGAAGGAGAUGAGAUUUGUGACCAGUCUCCUGCUCGCUCAUCGUUGCCUCCCCGUGUCGGGUGUUGCCGGUUCACUGACCCGAUGAGCGGACGCUAUGUAUCUGUUCCCUUCAGGAUAGUCUGUAGCAGACUCGCUAUUGAGCCAAUCCAGCAUAAUGGCCGCCGAGGCAGCCGCAUUUGCGACCCUGACACCGACCAACCUCUUGGCCCGGAUGGCAUUCAGUGACUUAUACGAUCGCCUUAUCGCCGGACGACAGGAUGUUGACAAUAGGGAAAGGGCAUUUCGGAUAGGCCCAGACACCCAGCGUGCACCAGACCGAGAUGUGGAGGCAUUCAAACGCCAUAUGCGCCGCCGGGCUGACGGGAAGGCGGAUGCAGACGCGGAUCAGGUUAGCGACACUCUGCCAGACACGCAAUCCGAGUCGGACGCCAACGAUCCCAAUUCCUCGGAGCCAGGAAGGAUCUGGCGCGGUCACUUUCUUCUGAGGUUCGACCCCGAACCAUCCGACCCCAGACUUGGGUGGACGGUAGGAAAGCGCCGGCCUCUUGCUGUUGAGCACACAGCCAAGCCUGCCGACCUGCUCGUCUGUACAUCGGCCUUUGAGGAAGAGCACAAACUGUCCGUCCGGCACUUCCACGCACGAUUCACCUUCUCUCAGGACACUGGACAACUUGGCAUCGCUCGCUGUUCAAGCAACCUUGCUUGGCAAGUCACGGCUGGCGGUGUCCAAGUCGAGAAACGACUUCACAUAUUGAACGUGGACAGUGUGCCUAUUUCGAUUGGCCCCCUGGAAUACCAAUUCCGAUACGCGGAAUUCGCUCGGACUCGACAGUGUUUUGUGCUUCGCAACUAGUUUCUGGAGAGUGUGAGAGGAGGUGCUGGACGUAUCGACCUUCCAGAGAUACUCACUCCGCGACCCGACCAGAGGCAAUUCGGCUCAUGGGUGAUGGGCCGACCGCUAGACAGGGGCGGCGAGGGCAGAGUAUUCGAAGGCACCAACAUGAAGGAUGAGGUCGCCGCGCUUAAGAUUAUGAGGGUCUCAAAC